GCUGCAGCGGCGGAGCCGAAGCCGGGAGCGGGAGCGGCUGCCGGAUCGCAGCCCGCGAGGCCCGCUGCAGCCAUGGGCAACCGCGGCAUGGAGGAUCUCAUCCCGCUGGUUAACCGGCUGCAGGACGCCUUCUCCGCUAUCGGCCAGAACGCGGACCUCGACCUGCCGCAGAUCGCCGUGGUGGGCGGCCAGAGCGCCGGCAAGAGCUCGGUGCUCGAGAAUUUCGUAGGCAGGGACUUCCUGCCCCGAGGGUCAGGCAUCGUCACCCGACGCCCCCUGGUCCUGCAGCUGGUCAAUGCCACCACAGAAUAUGCCGAAUUCCUGCACUGCAAGGGGAAGAAAUUCACCGACUUCGAGGAGGUGCGCCUGGAGAUCGAGGCUGAGACCGACCGGGUCACGGGCACUAACAAGGGCAUCUCCCCGGUGCCCAUCAACCUCCGCGUCUACUCGCCGCAUGUGCUGAACCUGACACUGGUGGACCUUCCCGGAAUGACCAAGGUCCCGGUGGGGGACCAACCUCCUGACAUCGAGUUCCAGAUCCGGGACAUGCUCAUGCAGUUUGUCACCAAGGAGAACUGCCUCAUCCUGGCUGUGUCCCCGGCCAACUCCGACCUGGCCAACUCUGAUGCUCUCAAAGUUGCCAAGGAGGUGGACCCCCAGGGCCAGCGCACCAUCGGGGUCAUCACCAAGCUGGAUCUGAUGGACGAGGGCACAGAUGCCCGUGAUGUGCUGGAGAACAAGCUUCUCCCCCUGCGCAGAGGCUACAUAGGGGUGGUGAACCGGAGCCAGAAGGACAUUGAUGGCAAGAAGGAUAUCACGGCCGCUUUGGCCGCUGAGCGCAAGUUCUUCCUCUCCCACCCAUCCUACCGCCACUUGGCGGACCGCAUGGGCACACCCUACCUGCAGAAGGUCCUCAACCAGCAACUGACCAACCACAUCCGGGACACACUGCCGGGGCUUCGGAACAAGCUGCAGAGCCAGCUCCUGUCCAUAGAGAAGGAGGUGGAGGAGUACAAGAACUUCCGGCCUGAUGACCCAGCGCGCAAGACCAAGGCCCUGCUGCAGAUGGUCCAGCAGUUUGCCGUGGACUUUGAGAAGCGCAUUGAAGGCUCAGGGGACCAGAUCGACACCUAUGAAUUGUCAGGAGGAGCCCGCAUCAACCGGAUCUUCCAUGAACGCUUCCCCUUUGAGCUAGUCAAGAUGGAAUUUGAUGAGAAGGAGCUCCGAAGGGAGAUCAGCUACGCCAUCAAGAAUAUCCAUGGCAUUAGAACGGGGCUCUUUACCCCAGACAUGGCCUUUGAGACCAUUGUGAAAAAGCAGGUGAAGAAGAUCCGAGAACCGUGUCUCAAGUGUGUGGACAUGGUUAUCUCGGAGCUAAUCAGCACGGUUAGACAGUGCACCAAGAAGCUGCAGCAGUAUCCCCGGCUGCGGGAAGAGAUGGAGCGCAUCGUGACCACCCACAUUCGGGAGCGUGAGGGUCGCACCAAGGAGCAGGUCAUGCUUCUCAUCGACAUUGAGCUGGCGUACAUGAACACCAAUCAUGAGGACUUCAUAGGCUUUGCCAAUGCUCAGCAGAGGAGCAACCAGAUGAACAAGAAGAAGGCUUCAGGGAACCAGGAUGAGAUUCUGGUCAUCCGGAAGGGCUGGCUAACCAUCAAUAAUAUUGGCAUCAUGAAGGGGGGCUCCAAGGAGUACUGGUUUGUGCUGACCGCUGAGAAUCUGUCCUGGUACAAGGACGAUGAGGAGAAAGAGAAGAAAUACAUGCUCUCCGUGGACAACCUGAAGCUACGGGAUGUGGAGAAAGGGUUCAUGUCAAGCAAACACAUCUUUGCCCUCUUUAACACUGAGCAGAGGAAUGUCUACAAGGAUUAUCGGCAGCUGGAGCUGGCCUGUGAGACACAGGAGGAGGUGGACAGCUGGAAGGCCUCCUUCCUGAGGGCUGGCGUGUAUCCUGAGCGUGUUGGGGACAAGGAGAAAGCCAGUGAGACUGAGGAGAACGGCUCAGACAGUUUCAUGCACUCCAUGGACCCACAGCUAGAGCGGCAGGUGGAGACCAUCCGGAACCUGGUGGACUCAUACAUGGCCAUUGUGAACAAGACCGUACGGGACCUCAUGCCGAAGACCAUCAUGCAUCUCAUGAUCAACAAUACGAAGGAAUUCAUCUUCUCGGAGCUGCUGGCCAACCUGUACUCAUGCGGGGACCAGAACACGCUGAUGGAGGAGUCGGCGGAGCAGGCGCAGCGGCGCGACGAGAUGCUGCGCAUGUACCACGCACUGAAGGAGGCGCUCAGCAUCAUCGGCGAUAUCAACACGACCACUGUCAGCACGCCCAUGCCCCCGCCCGUGGACGACUCCUGGCUGCAGGUGCAGAGCGUACCGGCCGGACGCAGGUCACCCACGUCCAGCCCCACGCCGCAGCGCCGAGCCCCCGCCGUGCCCCCAGCCCGGCCCGGGUCGCGGGGCCCUGCUCCUGGGCCUCCGCCUGCUGGGUCCGCCCUGGGGGGGGCGCCCCCCGUGCCCUCCAGGCCGGGGGCUUCCCCUGACCCCUUCGGCCCUCCCCCCCAGGUGCCCUCGCGCCCCAACCGCGCCCCGCCCGGGGUCCCCAGAAUCACUAUCAGUGACCCCUGAGGAGCGUCAGCCACGCCGAUCGGGUCAGGCAAGUCCAUCCCGUCCUGAGAGCCCCAGGCCCCCCUUCGACCUCUAACCAGAUCCCUCUAUUCCUCGGAGACCUCCCUUUCCAAGCCUGCCUGGACGGCUGUUCCGUGACUUAACAGUGGCUCCCCAGCCCCAAAGCCUCCCCCUUCAUCUGUGACAGUCUGUUGUAGUGGUGAGCUGACACAUCCAGGCGUGAUGAUGUGGUGAAAACUUGUGCCCCUCUGUGGUAUUGCUCCUACCCCAAUCUAUAAAUAACUAUAAAUACUCAUAUAUAUAUAUAUACACACACACACACACACACACACACACGGCCGCCACAGCCUUGCCUCUAGUGUUGGCAAUCAAUCAUCAUGCUGUCUGUGAGGAGUCUUGUGGCCUAACCACCAGGGAACACUGUCACCCUGACAUCCCCCUCUCCAAGGUGUGCCACCUCUGAUGAGCCUCCCUGUCACGCCCCGCCUGUGGACAGCCACUUUUCCGUCCCUCCCCCACCCGAGCCCGGGGGGUGCUGUCCUGGAGGCUGUGUGGCUCUCUACCACCGGUCUUGCUGUCUCUUGGCUGAGAAUAAAACCCAUUUCUGGAUGAUGGGAAGCUGCCCUCUGUUGGUUUAUGUUCUUUGUGGAGUUCAGGGGAAGGGGAAGGCUUAAACACUGGGACACAGGGGUGGGGAAGGGCCCAGCCGUUGCUAGGGU